UUAAUUAUUAGAAUAUGAUAUGAUCAGACUGUAACAGAAUGAUUUCAGUGCUGGUGCUUCUGAUCACAUGUUGACUGCUGCAGCCUGUAAUGUCAAGGUGCGUUAGAUAUUUGGACUAGAUCCAGAUUUAGUAGGAGUAAGUAAGUAAGAGCACACGCCGAGGUAGUAGUGAAAAGGAAACUGGCGUGUUUACUUUUUUGGGAAUGGGUGUCCUGGUGAUAAAGCAUUAGGUAAUUAGCCUAUCUGAGCCUGCAGACUGAGUGACGCCAGGCUCCAUAAAAGCAGCAGCGGCGGACUGAUGCCGCAUUGAGCCUGUGCGUUUUUGCUGUCAUUGAAAACCUCAGCUGUCUGUCUGUUUGUCUGCACAGGAAAAAAAAAAAAAAAAAAAAGAGUUGGCCAAAUUUCUAUGGACAAGUACAAUGCAUGUGCUUAAAAUGAUCUAUUAACAUGUGUGUGUGUAUGUAUUUAAAACUCAUAGUCAUGUGAUCUAUUGUAAUAUUCUUAUGCAUUCUUUGCAUAAAUAAGCAGGUGUCUAGAAAGUGCAGAACCAGUAUCUUAGUACUAUACAUGUCAUUGUUGUCUGGGUCAUCCUGCCACUGGGGGAAAAGUGAAAUAUAUCAGUCAUAACUCAUACUUUCUUGACUGAGUAUCAUAACAAGGGAGGCUUUUACACACACACACACACACAAAAAGUGCCGCUGGAUACUAACACAAGAAAGUUCCUAAAUAGCUGAAAUACUUGCAUACUUUUGCUGCAUUUGUACAGUUUUAGUAGCUGUUAAAUAAGCCAGAGAGACAAAAAAAAAAAAAAAAAAAAACAACACAGGGACAGCUCUUUCUCUCUCUCUUUCUGCCUCUGUCUCUCUCCCUCUCCCCCUCCUGCCCUGUGAUGUGUUCUGGCCAGACAGUAUGGCUCCUGGGCGUCAGUGGCAUGAUCAUAGAAACAGAGGCCAGAAAGGACAUUCCUCAUUGUUGGUGAAUCUAGAAAUGAUCUUGGCCCUGCACUUUCUGAAAGGUUUUUGAUGAUUGAAACUUGACCUGGACUUCUCGCUGUGUGAGGACUAACCUUCACUGCAGGAGGCUCUGAAUCCUGAGCUGCCAGAUCCCCUCUGUGCCAACACACAGAGGGGGAUUUAGAUUUUUGCGUUGCUCUGGCGGGGGUCCAAGAUCUUCACCACCGCUGCACGGAAGUCACAGUGGAACACAAAACAACGGCCUCUGUUUACACAGACUCAUCACACUACCUCUUUCAUCCUUACCUCUGUUUCUUCUCUAGCCCGGCUGCUGAUUAUUUGCCUCUUAUCCUUGAGUGAACCCUUAUCCCUUUAACGGCCCACAUCAGCUCAUCUCACCACCCUUUUAUCCAUCCCAUAAUGAACUCCUCUACCUCCAUUACAUCCCUCUUCUCCUUCACCAGCCCGGCAGUGAAGCGCCUGCUGGGCUGGAAACAAGGGGAUGAGGAGGAGAAAUGGGCAGAAAAGGCAGUGGACUCACUAGUAAAGAAACUCAAGAAGAAGAAGGGGGCCAUGGAGGAACUGGAGAGGGCCCUCAGCUGCCCCGGGCAGCCUAGUAAGUGUGUGACGAUCCCUCGGUCUCUGGACGGGCGGUUGCAGGUGUCCCACAGGAAAGGCCUCCCUCAUGUCAUCUACUGCCGCGUGUGGCGUUGGCCCGACCUGCAGUCCCAUCAUGAGCUCAAAGCCUUGGAGUGCUGUGAGUUCCCCUUCGGAUCAAAGCAAAAGGACAUCUGCGUGAACCCCUACCACUACCGACGGGUGGAGACCCCAGUGCUACCACCGGUCCUGGUGCCCCGCCACAGCGAGUUCAACCCCCAACACAGUUUACUGGCAAAGUUCAGGAAUGCCUCCCUGCACAAUGAGCCUCUGAUGCCCCAGAACGCCACCUACCCGGACUCCUUCCCUCCCCUGCCCUGCUCCUCCUUCUCCUCCUCCCCUUCAUCCUCCCUCGCACAGUCUCCCACCUCACAGAGUUACCCGAACUCCCCCAACAGCUCCGCAGAGCCUGGCAGCCCGUAUCACAUCACAGCUGAGACUCCUCCACCUCCGUACAGUAUGAUGGAGACAGGCCCACAGGAGGAUGUCAAGCCCAGCUCCACAGAAAACACCAAACUCACAUUUUCCGCUCCACACCGGGAUUUACGGCCAGUAUGUUAUGAAGAACCAGAGUACUGGUGUUCAGUAGCCUACUAUGAACUCAACAACCGAGUGGGAGAGACCUUCCACGCCUCGUCCCGGAGCGUCCUGGUGGACGGCUUCACCGACCCCUCCAAUAACAAGAACCGCUUCUGCCUCGGACUGUUGUCCAACGUCAACCGCAACUCCACCAUCGAACAUACGCGCAGGCACAUAGGCAAAGGAUUGCAUCUGUACUAUGUAGGCGGUGAGGUGUACGCAGAGUGCUUGAGUGACAGCAGUAUCUUCGUUCAGAGCCGUAAUUGUAAUUUCCAGCAUGGCUUCCACGCCACCACAGUGUGUAAAAUCCCCAGCGGCUGCAGUCUCAAGAUCUUUAACAAUCAGCUGUUCGCUCAGCUCCUCGCCCAGUCUGUGAACCACGGCUUUGAGGUCGUCUACGAGCUCACCAAGAUGUGCACCAUCCGCAUGAGCUUUGUGAAGGGUUGGGGGGCUGAAUACCACCGACAAGAUGUGACCAGCACCCCCUGCUGGAUCGAGGUUCACCUGCACGGGCCCCUGCAGUGGUUGGAUAAGGUGCUGACACAGAUGGGCUCUCCUCACAACCCUAUUUCCUCAGUGUCGUAACAGAAAAAAAAAUAUCUUUUUAAGUGUACGCUCUUGGUCCUAUACAAAGGUAGCCAUAGAUUCUAUAAUUAGUGCUAUGUCCAGUUUUUGUUCCACGCUGAUGAAAACUCAUGCAAAAUUAUAUUGGUCUAAAAAAA